AAGCGCGUGGUCGUUAAGACUUGUUGAUGCCGUUGAUCUAUGGAGGCUGAGGCGGGAAGCGCGUGCGCUUCACUCGCUCCAAACGGCUGGAGACGCUAAAGGAGCUCGAGCUGGAGGAUGAAGAGGAGCAUUUCUUGAAUACGUUUUCUUUCCUGGCUAACGUUAGCACGUAUGCUGCACAUUUGUGUACUCCCACUUCGGGAAAUACUUUUUUAUUUGAGUUUAUUUAUUUGUUCGUUCCUGUCACAUCGGGUAGACGCCAUCCUCACCUGAGCCGCUCGGUGUUGCAUUUCUCCCUCAGAAGACAUGUUGCUUUAGAUAAGGAAAAAACGCGACCUAGAACAUGAGACUGAAUGGGGAGUGAUCGUCUGAGGAGAUCCCUUAUCAACAAUAAACACCUUCGUUCGAACUUACCUCAACUCACCGUCGUUACGCCGUCGGUUAUUCUCAAGAUGAGUGGACGUUUGAACGGAACCGGCGUGGAUAUCUGCUAAACUUGGUAAAUAUGUGAGACACAUGAAUAUGUGUAGUCGCAGGGCUCCACCUGGGAGACGAAGGUGGUCGCGUUUCUCCGCUUGACAGCUCGAAAAACGCUUUGUUUGCUCAGACUCCGGGAGUGGACGUCGCUGCCCAGGGUGCUGAAUUUCACCAGGACCGGGUCAGAGAUAAACGAAGGAAAGUGACGGAGCAGAGAGACUCCGUGAAUAUAUUUUCACAUUCUGUAUUUGGAGGAGCCAGGCAACUCAUGUGAUAAUAAUUUUUAUCUUCGAAAUGAAAAUCGGACAACAUGUGAAAUACGGACAGUUGAGUAACACUUCGCCUUUGUAUUCAUUAUGCUAAUUCAGUGUCUUAUUUCGCCCGUCGUGAUGUGUGGAUAUCUUUGAUCGUCGUCCGUGCAUUUCAGAGGGCAGAGCACACAAACAGUCGCAAAAAUGGGACAAUAAUUGAGACAGAUCGGGCGGUUUGUUGUUGUUGUCUGUGCUUUGUGUGUAAGGAGUUCAACAGCCCUGUUUUUGAGACAUGGCAGCGGCGAUUGCCAGCGGUUUGAUCCGCCAGAAGAGACAGGCACGGGAGCAGCAUAUAGACCGACCAUCCACCAACAGAAGGAGAAAAAGCCCCAAUAAGAAUAAAGGGCUUUGCAAUGGGAACCUGGUCGACAUCUUCUCCAAAGUGCGAAUCUUCGGCCUCAGGAAACGCAGACUACGGCGACAAGAUCCCCAGCUCAAGGGUAUAGUGACCAGGUUAUAUUGCAGGCAGGGAUACUACUUGCAGAUGAACCCAGAUGGAUCUCUUGAUGGGACUAAGGAUGACAGUAGUAAUUCUUCGUUGUUCAACCUCAUCCCUGUGGGCCUUCGGGUCGUUGCUAUUCAGUCUGUGAAGACGGGCUUGUACAUCGCCAUGAAUGGAGAAGGCCAUCUGUACACAUCAGAACUGUUUACGCCGGAAUGCAAGUUUAAAGAGUCUGUGUUUGAAAACUACUAUGUGAUCUACUCAUCCAUGCUGUAUAGGCAGCAGGAGUCGGGGAGAGCAUGGUUCCUUGGCUUAAAUAAAGAUGGCCAGGCCAUGAAGGGGAACCGGGUGAAGAAAACUAAACCAGCUGCUCACUUCCUGCCCAAGCCAUUAGAAGUCGCUAUGUACCGAGAGCCAUCAUUGCAUGAUGUGGGGGAGACAGUGCCCAAACCUGCCGUGCCUCCCAGUAAAAGCACAGAGCCGGCCAUCAUGAACGGAGGCAAACCUGUCAGCAAGGAAACCAAGCCCACCACAUAGCCAGAUCCCAUCUCGGCCAUGCUCAACCCCGGAGAGCCGUGCUCCUUUUGUCAGACUCUCCAUGUUUGUGGAUCAGAUCCAGGCAUCCUCUGCUCUCUCCUCCCCAUUCCCUCCACCCCUUUCACUCCUCUGACUGUUCCGAUCUAAUUCGACGACGGUCUGGCUCCGGAAGGUUGGUCAGCUGUGCACGUAGGAGGAUGCGACUGGAUUAACCAGCUAAACUUUCACCAUGGAAUGCCCUAAAUGAUACGGAAUGCCUUUUGACAUACAAUAAAGCCAAUGUUUUUUCUGUAAUCGAGACAAUCCACGAGAAUGAAAUUGUGUACCACAGGCGCUUGCGUGGCGGUUCUUUUGCCUGCUAACAGUCACCCGUUAUAACCCUUUUCUUGAACCCUGUCACAACAGCAGAGACCGUACAUUUCAGAUCUAUUUUCUAUAUACACAGU